UCCUCAGAGAACAUCCCAGGAUUACACAAACCUGUAUUUUUCCAUAUGGAGCAAUCAUACUUUACUUAAACCAUCUACGAGCAUGUUUACCCUCAACACAGCACACUGAGGAGUAGCAUUCAGCAGACUGCUCGGAGUUAGAACUCUUCACUGGGUGUCUCUCUCAGCAUGGCCAGAAGGGUCAUCUUAACCAUACUUCUUCUGGAGUUCUACACCUGUUUACACAUGGCAAAUUGUUUCUCACCAUGCUUUAUUCAUGGAACCACUGCCAACUGUUACAAUAGAAGACUUUACCAAGUUCCACCUCUACCCAAUCACAUCACUUACCUCAAUCUAGCUAACAAUUACAUCAGUGAACUCAACAAGACAUCCUUCUUGGGUUUGGAAGCCCUAGAGGUCCUUAACCUCCAGCAACAGGAAACACAACUUGUGUUAAAGAACAACGCCUUCGCUCGCCUGUCCAACCUGUUGGAACUCAAACUGGGCUUUAACCACUUCCUCCAACUGGAGACAAAUGCAUUCAGUGGAUUGCAUAAUCUUCAGAUACUGAACCUCAUCCAGUGCAAUUUGAAGGACUCCAUCCUGUCGGGUGACUACAUGAAACCUCUGGUGUCUCUGGAGAGUCUUACACUUGAGACGAAUGAUAUCAAAAGAGUCCAGCCUGCUCGCUUCUUCCUCAACAUGACCAAACUUCACCAGUUAGACCUUUCCCACAACUGGAUCAACAGUAUUUGUGAGGAGGACUUCAUUGGCUUCCAAGGGAAACACUUCACCAUCUUUAAAUUGACCAACAUCAAACUGACUGACAUGAGUCAAUACUGGUCUAAGUGGGACCAGUGUGGAAACCCAUUUAAAGACAUGUCUAUAAAUAUCCUUGAUCUGUCUCACAAUAGCUUUAGUGUUGACAUGGCACGGCUCUUCUUUAGGGCGAUCCGAGGAACCCAAAUUGAUACUCUCAUUCUUAGUCACAGCAGCAGCAUGGGCAAGUCAGUGGGGAAUAAUAACUUGAAAGACCCUGACCAACAGACAUUCAAGGAUCUGGCAGCCAGCGGUAUCAAGGAGUUCGAUCUUUCCAAGUGUCGUAUUUUUGCGUUAACACAUUCAUUAUUCCACAAUUUGUCAGAUCUGCAGACUGUCUCAUUAGCGUCCAACUCGAUCAACCAAAUUGAAAGUAACGCCUUUUUGGGAGUUCCGUAUUUGCGAUUGCUUAACCUGUCAUCAAAUCUUCUGGAUAAAAUCGACUCUAGAACGUUUAGCAAUUUACCAAGACUUGAGGUGCUUGAUUUAUCGUACAAUAACAUACGAAUCCUUACACAGGAAUCUUUUAGUGGCCUGCCAAACCUUCUAUCUCUUGACCUUACGGACAAUUCCCUACAAGAUUUGUAUAAGAUGGCACAACUUCCUCAACUUAAAGAACUCUACUUGUCCGAAAACAAAAUCAAGUCCUUGUAUGGUCUUUCAAAUAUUGCACGGAAUGUUUCAGUUCUUCAUCUGGCAAACAACAAAUUAACAAAUGCUGAGGACAUUUCUUAUAUACUGGAAGAGUUCCCCGACAUUACGGGCCUUUCCAUUGAAGGCAAUGUUUUUAUAUGGUGUUUUCUAAAUCGCAAGUAUUCCGUGCCACCUUCGAACAAGUUACAACUCCUCAAUCUGCGAAUGACUGGCUUACAGAACAUUUGGGCGCAAGGAUUGUGUCUUGAUGUAUUUGACAACCUUCACCAGUUGCAGUACCUUUUCCUUCAGAACAACUACAUGCAGACCCUCCCAAAGGGCAUUUUUAAGGGACUCACUUCCUUACAUUUUUUAAAUCUAUCCACCAACUCUUUGACCUAUAUACCCAACGGGACAUUUCCUGCAAGCCUAAGAACUCUUGACCUUGCCUACAAUCAUCUUGGCUCUAUUGACCCGCAAGCCUUAAGCAAUAUAACUGAGAUCAGCCUCUACAAGAACAGCUUUCUUUGCGACUGUGGAUUGAGGCGUUUUCAAAAAUGGCUAAAUGAGACAAGCACUGAGUUCAUUACCCCUGUUGAGGACUUGAUUUGUGGGUUUCCUGAAGAGCAACGUGGCGUUCCUCUGGUGUACUCUGUGUUUUGUGAGGAUCUUGAGGACAAGAAGAGGGACGAGACGCUGAGGAUUACACUCUUCAUCUGCUGCACGACCUUCAUCCUGUUAAUUAUCAUCUGCGCUGUGGUUUUCAUUCGUCUACGUGGCUACUGCUUCAAACCAGGCAGACAGACAUACAGACAGACAGAUACGUGUGUCUCUCUCAGCAUGGCCAGAAGAGUCAUCUUAUCCAUACUUCUUCUGGAGUUCUACACCUGUUUACACAUGGCAAACUGUUUCUCACCAUGCUUGAUUUACGGUACCACGGCCAACUGUUACGAUAGAAGACUUUACCAAGUUCCACCUCUACCCAAUCACAUCACUUACCUCAAUCUAGCUAACAAUUACAUCAGUGAACUCACUGAGGCAUCCUUCUUGGGUUUGGAAGCCCUAGAGGUCCUUAACCUCCAGCAACAGGAAACACAACUUGUGUUAAAGAACAACACCUUCGCUCGCUUGUCCAACCUGUUGGAACUCAAUCUGGGCUUUAACCACUUCCUCCAACUGGAGACAAAUGCAUUCAGUGGAUUGCAUAAUCUUCAGAUACUGAACCUCAUCCAGUGCAAUCUGAAGGACUCCAUCCUGUCGGGUGACUACAUGAAACCUCUGGUGUCUCUGGAGAGUCUUACACUCGAGACGAAUGAUAUCAAAAGAGUCCAGCCUGCUCGCUCCUUCCUCAACAUGACCAAACUUCACCAGUUAGACCUUUCCCACAACUGGAUCAACAGUAUUUGUGAGGAGGAUUUCACUGGCUUCCAAGGGAAGCACUUCACCAUCUUUAAACUGACCAACAUCAAACUGACUGACAUGAGUCAAUACUGGUCUAAGUGGGACCAGUGUGGAAACCCAUUUAAAGACAUGUCUAUAAAUAUCCUUGAUCUGUCUCACAAUAGCUUUAGUGUUGACAUGGCACUGCUCUUCUUCAGGGCGAUCCGAGGAACCCGAAUUGAUACUCUCAUUCUUAGUCACAGCAGCAGCAUGGGCAAGUCAGUGGGGAAUAAUAAUAUGAAAGACCCUGAUCAACAGACAUUCAAGGAUCUGGCAGCCAGCGGCAUCAAGGAGUUCGAUCUUUCCAAGUGUCGUAUUUUCGCAUUAACACAUUCAUUAUUCCACAAUUUGCCAGAUCUGCAGGCUGUCUCACUAGCGUCCAACUCGAUCAACCAAAUUGAAAGUAACGCCUUUUUGGGAGUUCCGUAUUUGCGAUUGCUUAACCUGUCAUCAAACCUCCUGGAUAAAAUAGAAUCUAGAACAUUUAGCAAUUUACCAAACCUUGAGUUUCUCGAUUUAUCUUACAAUAACUUACGAAUCCUUACACAGGAAUCUUUUAGUGGCCUGCCAAACCUUUUAUCCCUUGACCUUACAGACAAUUCCUUGCAAGAUUUGUAUAAGAUGGCACAACUUCCUCAACUUAAAGAACUCUACUUGGCCAAUAACAAAAUCAAGUCCUUGUAUGGUCUUUCAAAUAUUGCACGGAAUGUUUCAGUUCUUCAUCUGGCAAACAACAAAUUAACGAAUGCUGAGGACAUUUAUUAUAUACUGGAAGAGUUCCCCGACAUUACGGGCCUUUCCGUUGAAGGCAAUGUUUUUAUAUGGUGUUAUCUAAAUCGCAAGUAUUCUGUGUCACCUUUGAACAAGUUACAACUCCUCAAUCUGCGAAUGACUGGCUUACAGAACAUUUGGGCGCAAGGGUUGUGUCUUGAUGUGUUUGACAACCUUCACCAGUUGCAGUAUCUUUUCCUUCAGAACAACUACAUGCAGACCCUCCCAAAGGGCAUUUUUAAGGGACUCACUUCCUUACACUUUUUAAAUCUAUCCACUAACUCUUUGACCUAUAUACCCAACGGGACAUUUCCUGCAAGCCUAAGAACUCUUGACCUUGCCUACAAUCAUCUUGGCUCUAUUGACCCGCAAGCCUUAAGCAAUAUAACUGAGAUCAGCCUCUACAAGAACAGCUUUCUUUGCGACUGUGGAUUGAGGAGAUUUCAAAAAUGGCUAAAUGAGACAAGCACUGAGUUCAUUACGCCUGUUGAGGACUUGAUUUGCGAGUUUCCUGAAGAGCUACGUGGCGUUCCUCUUGUGUACUCUGUGUUUUGUGAGGAUCUCGAGGACGAGGAGAGUGACGAAAUACUGAGGCUUACCCUCUUCAUCUGCUGCACGACCUUCAUCCUGUUAAUUAUCAUCUGCGCUGUGGUUUUCAUUCGUCUACGUGGCUACUGCUUCAAGCUUUACAGGAGGAUGGUCAUCAAGUUUGUGGAGGGACGCCCACCAGGGAAGGAACCUGGUGAUGACGGCUUUUUGUACGACGUCUAUUUGUGCUUCAGUUCAAAUGACUUCAAAUGGGUUGAAAAGGCCCUGCUGAAAAAGCUAGACUCAGAGUUCUCAGAGCACAAUCAGUUUCGCUGCUGUUUCGAGGCGCGGGACUUCUUGCCUGGGGAAGACCACCUGUCCAACAUGCGGAAUGCUGUCUGGAACAGCAAGAAAGUACUGUGUGUGGUUUCUCGAGAGUUUCUCAAGAAUGGGUGGUGCUUGGAAGCUUUCACGCUUGCCCAGAGCAAGAUGCUGGAGGAGGUCCAGGAUAUUUUGCUCAUGCUUCUUGUUGACCAAAUACCACAGUACAGACUCAUGAAGUAUGAGCCAAUAAGAACUUACGUUCAGACCAAGAGAUAUCUCUGCUGGCCAGAGGAUAGCCAGGACUUACAGUGGUUUUACAACCAGCUUCAACACAGCAUAUUAAAGGGCACCAAGGCCAAACAGGCAAAAAUAGAUGCUGAAACUGCCAACAACGUGCCAGAGGUUGAGGCAGUCACUGUUUUUUAAUAUUGUGAAAAUGCUUCAUCAAUCAAAGUUUCUGUAAACUUUCUGUUAAAGCACCAGCCCCUAUAAAAAAUGUCUUUUAAACUUUUAAGUACUUCUGAGUUUAGAGAUGGUAUUAGUGUCUGGCCACGCUAAUACAAUGCCUAAUAUUUAAAUUUCAUAAAUUAACAAACAAACCAAUUUACUUCCAAACUAAUUAUUUCACACAGAAAUGUAUUUAUGUUACCCUGCAUUAAAAGUACUCUUUCACAUACUCUGUGUAAUUACAGAGAGGUCUCUCAAAAAGGUCCCCAACACUUACAGACUGCCACUUUAAUCUUUAGAAUUUAAGUACUAUGUAUGGAGAAAAGUACUGGAACACAUGCCUAUUUAUUGUUUCUUCCCAAAUCAAGGGUAUUAAAAAUGUUUACACUGCU